UAUGUGUGUGACAACAGCAGCUAAGGAAAUACUUCUGGGGGCAUUGGUUAUACCAACCAUCUGGAGGAUCGUGGGUAAUAUAUCAAGGUGACGACACAUACAGCUAGCAUAAAACCAGUGAGUUGGAGAAAUGGCGGACUGCAUCUUCACCGUCAACGUGAGUGGACGUAGGUUCGAGAUAGGACGAGAUGUCUUGUCCAGAUUCCCUGAUUCUACUCUGGGACGUCUGACGUCAUCCACAAAGAAGGAAGUGUUCUUCCAGAGGCCCACGUCUUUGUUCAAGUCCGUCCUUUGGUACCAUCAGACCGGGCGGCUGCAUCUACCAGCUUCUAUGUGUCUCGGGGCUGUACAGGAGGAGCUGGAGUACUGGGGCUUCAGUGUGGAUGACAUCGAGCCGUGUUGUCGACGUGCGCUCAGAGGCUUUCACAUGCAGCAACAUGACGUGUACGAGUUUAAUAAAAAGACAACACUAGAGUUUCCUGAAUCAAAGAGGCAGGCAACAUCAGCCUUCGCGUGGGGAAGACAUUGUUUGUGGAGGAUAAUGGACCAGCCGUUUUCAUCUACAAUCGCUAAGAUAUACUUCUUGAUCUCCUGCAUGGUGAUCGUCACGGCUACUCUACUAAUUGUCCUGGGGACGGUUCCCUACUUCAAGGGAACGCUGGAGAAAAAGCAUUGGAAGCAAUACUUCGGGCAGGACUUUUUUGACAAGCAUUACGACGAGAUUAGGCUUGCGGGUGCAGAGCCUGACACUGGGGAUUUGAAUGAAAUAACUCAGAGACUCAACAAGACAGAUGGCGACAUCCUCGGUAACUUCAGUCUCCCCACAAACGUCCAUGUAAAGAACGAGAGCUUCGAACUAGCUGGUUACAUCUGCACUGCCUUCUUCACUCUGGAGCUUCUGUUGAGAAUCGGUUGUUGCCCAAGUAUAGUCCGUUUCUUCAGGUCUCUGCUGAACAUCAUUGAUGUCCUCGCAGUUGUAGCAUCUCUUGCUACGAUCAUCGUUGAGCAAGUGUCGGCCGUUGAGAAAUUCAGACAUUCUUCUCUAGACAUUCUUGAAGGUUUGUUGGUCCUUCGAGUCUUGAGGCUGUUCCAUUUAACGAAGCAUAUCACAGGAGCUCGAGUUCUGGUGUACACUUUUAAAUCAUCAUGUAGGGAAGUGGGAUUCGUGGCUCUUCUUGUUGCAAUUAACUCCAUCGUGUUUGGAACACUGGUGUACUUUGUCGAUUCUCACAAGAUGCAGAACAUACCGGAAGCGUGCUGGUGGGCAGUGAUCACUAUGACAACGGUUGGUUAUGGGGACAUAACUCCUUCUAAUGCUGUUUCUAAGUGCCUAGGAGUGCUGUGUGCCUGUAUGGGAAUCUUAGUACUGGCAAUAACUAUGCCACUGUUUGUCAACAACUUUAUAACAUUUUAUUCCUUCGCCAAGGAAACAUCAGACCUGACAAAGACCAGAAAUGGCGAACAACAUACCACGUUUUCAUCAGUUCGUCCUGUUAAACUUACCGUUCGAAAUCAGAAUGAGAAGGGUUCUGUGAGUGUCCCAAACGAGAAUUAAAUUAUAACUGAUAGUUUGUCGUUUAACAUCACUUUCAGUUAGACACCAGCGUUUGACAGUAUGAGCAACGAGCCAAGCGAGGCAUGUUGACGCGACAUCAACCAGAAACGGAGUCUGACAACCAGAUCUACUGAGUCGCCUCUCACGACACGCAUAGGUUGCUAGUGACUACUUCUAUUGACGUUUUGAUAACGUUUGUAAUUCUUCUAACGUCAUGUUUGAUUCCGCAUAUUUUCCGAUUUCCUGGUCGACUGGCCAAAUUGUACCAUUACACAAGAAAGGGGAUACUAAUACACCCGAUAACUACCGAGGGAUUACAGUAUUAAGUAUUUUUAGCAAGUUAUAUACAUGUAUUUCUGUUCUUAAUAGAAGGUUGCAAUCUUGGUGUGAUGCCUAUGAUAAAGUUGUGGAGUCGCAAGCAGGAUUUCGUUGUGGCUAUUCCACAACUGAUAAUAUGUUUAUUUUACAGUCAGUUAUACGGCGUUAUCUGGGGAAGAAGCGAGGUAAACUAUAUGCUUUAUUUGUAGACAUCUCCAAAGCGUUCGACUCUAUAAACAGAGCAAAACUAUAGAUAGUUUUGAAUAACAGUGGUGUGUCACCUAAAAUGUUUAAAUGUAUACAAUCCAUAUAUACGACUGUACGUUCCUGUGUAAAGUUUAACAAUAGCUUCUCAGAUGUAUUCGAUUGUGACUUGGGUGUCCGUCAAGGCUGUGUACUGAGCCCGUUUUUGUUUUCAUUGUUUAUCAAUGAUCUAGCUGUUGAAAUUGAGGCUAACUGUAAACCCGGAAUUCAGCUCCAUCCAGACAUAAUUCAACUAUUCCUGCUACUCUUUGCUGAUGAUGUAAUUCUUAUAUCAGAUACUGUAUAUGGCCUCCAAAAACGCAUCGAUGUACUCGAACACUAUUGCCAGAAUGAUUUCCUAAAGGUAAAUCUUGAUAAAUCGAAAAUAGUAGUUUUUAAGAAUGGUGGAGUACAUUCUAGAUCUGAGAAAUGAUAUUUCAGUUGUUGUCAGUUGGAAUGUGUAUCAUCGUACAAAUAUUUGGGAGUUGUAUUUUCAAAGAACUUAUCAUGGUCGAAACAUACUUACAAUGCUUCAUUACAGGCUAAACGGGUAUUGUUCUCGGUUCUAAAAUCCCUUUCAUCACUUAAACCUAUUCCACUGACACUAUUUUUUUAAAUAUUCGAUACUAAAAUUGCUCCAAUUAUGUUAUAUGGGGCUGAAAUGUGGAGUUUUGAAAACUGUAAAGAAAUAGAAAGUAUCCAUGUACUUACUUGUAAACGUCUGCUAGGUGUUAAAACGUCUACUCUCAAUCAUGUUGUGCGAGGAGAGUGUGGAAGAUACCCACUGUACAUUUCUGCGUAUAAACGCUGUAUAAAAUAUUGGUGUAAACUUAUGUCCCUCCCAAAUUCACGAUAUCCUAAGAAAUGUUAUUUCAGCUAGCCACACAUGGUAAAACUAAUUGGGCUAAAAAAGUCAAAACUCUUUUACACAGCCUUGGAUUUGGAUAUAUAUGGGAGAACCAAUAUGUUAUUUGCCCCGAAUAAUUUAUUUCCGAAUGUGAAGAUCGAACAGGAUAGGCAUUGGUCUUUAGCAAAUAGUUCUAAAAUGUUCCAUUAUACACUUUUCAAAAAUUCAUUUAGUCUGGAGUUGUAUUUGUCUGCUAUCACUUUAAACAAAUUUCGUGUUGCACUAGCCCAGUUUCGCUGUAGCUCCCACACUCUCCACAUUGAGACUGGUAGAUACGUUAAUACUCCACGAGAGCAGAGAUUGUGCAAUAGUUGCAAUCUAAGAUAUGUCGAGAAUGAAUAUCAUUUUUUUAAUUAAUUUGUAACGCUAAUGAUGAACUUCGUCUUCAGUAUUUACCACAGAAGUAUUUUGUACAUCCUACUCUUGCUAAAUUCAAUAUGCUUAUGGCGGUAAACAAUGAAACUGUUAUUAGAAAUGUUGCAACUUUUAUAUACCAUGCUACGAAUGUGAGACUCCAAAUACUAAGCCUAUAAAUGUUAAUGAUGGACCAAAUAUUGUACCAUGGGCCGCUGGCCUACACAUGUACAUGAAUAAA